CGGGUGGCUUGUGUCUCUACGAUGAGACAAAGAAAAAAGGAAGUAGAAGGGGGUGGAGUUUUACACAAAACGGUUCUUCACCUAACGUUGGGAAAAUGUUGGACUUUUUGAUGGAAUCUGCAAGAAGUGGAUUUCCAACACUCCCUAAACUGACAGAUGAUGACGUGGAUUCCAUAUGGGCAAGUGUGUCUGAAUUUAUUGAACACCAAAUGGCUCAACAAAAGGGAGUAAAUAUACCAGGACUUGGAACAUUUACCUUGUCCAGACAUAAAAUAGAUGUUGGUAACAAUAAAUUCAUUCUAGUACAGAGGCCAAUUUUUCUACUGUCUGAAAAGUUUGCGCAGAUUCAUGGACUGAAAUACAACAAGAGCUUUACAACCAGUGAUAUUCCAGUUGUUCCACUAAAUUUCAUGGCACUCUCCUUCGGCUGUCCCUUUAACAGAGACACAAUUGAAGGAUGCGUGAAAGAGACACUAAAUGUUUUCUCCCGCUCCGUAGCUACUAAACAAAAUGUGGAAUUUAAUUUCAAGGGCAUAGGAAUGCUUGUUACAAGAGACCUUAAAGUAAAAAUGAGGUUUUAUAAAGAUUUUAUUAAUUCCUUGGAUGGAACAGGAAACCUGGUGAAGUCUCUCUCAAAUAGACCAGGGACAAGUGAUUCUGUGAUGUCUGGAAGAGAAAGUACUUUACUGCGCCCACGUUCUUGUAGUGCUCUUAUAUUUCCCAGAGUUGAAGUGAAAGAUACAGAAAAGACAUCACCUAUGGACCCAAUUAUAGAGGAAAAUGGAGAAGUGGAAUGGGUAACUGAAGGACAGAAACCAAAUGAGAAGCCAGAAAUAGAAGACGAGGGUGAAAGGCCAAAUACUUGCAAUAGAGAAAGCUCAUCAACCAAACGUCUUCUAAAUCGACAGUGCAUUGUGCCUGCUAAAGUCACUGGGAUUAGUUUAAUGGAGGAUUUGGAAAGAAUUGUUAAACCAAAAACAGCUCCAGCAAGACCAAGCUCUUCGCUAUCAGCACAUAGUAACAAGGCUGACCCUGAAGGGGAUGACCACCUGAACAGUGUCCAACGGAUAAGAAAUCCUCCAUCUCCUGUGUGCCAGGAUCACUGCAGAGCGGGACAGGAAUUGUGCUAUCUGUGUAUGCAGCGUGCACAAAAGAACAUCCCUGUAUACUUUACUGAAGAAAGGAGACUUAAAGAGCAAGAAGAGGAUCGAAUAUUGCAACAGUACCAACAUAUGAAAGAUCAGGAAGCAUUAGAUAAAACUCAGAUGGAGUCGUUGGCAACCAGGGAACAAAAGCAAAAGGAUGCGGCCUAUAACAUGGGAGUAGCUGAAGCUAUAAGGACCCAGAGGAAUAAAAGAAAUACUGAGAUUUAUAGAUCCUACAUAUUUGACAAAAGGCCGCUGACCCCUCCAGCUCUUAUUAAACAAGAACAGUGUUUCCAGUCCUUGGUACAGCAGAUGACAGAAAGGAGAGGGAAGGAGACCAAAUUAAAGCAAGAUAAAGAACUGAUGGACAAACUGGAACAAAUGCAGCUUGCGGAAGAGAUUGCUGCGCAGAGGGCCAAGUAUUUGAAGGAGAAGAAUGAACAAAUGUUGUGCUUUAAGGGCGCUCUGGACACACAGGUGAAACUGAAGCCACAGUUUAUAUUGUCUAUGGGUUCUGAAGCAGCAGAGCCAGUUUUUGGCAGACAUGAUAUGACCAAUGAUAAACUGGCUGAGAAAAGGAGGAGAGCACAAGAGGUGUCCAUUCAUCAGCUGCAGUCGUCCACAGAACGGAAACGCCUGGCUACCCUUAAUGAUUUGGUACAGCAGAGAAAAGAAAUGGAAAUGCUGCAAAAGACAAAACAAGAGUUACUGUCUGACAGAGCAUCACAGUUUGAGAAGAUAAACAAGUUUCAGAUGACACUACAGGACAAUUGGGCCAGGAGUUUGGAGGUGAAAAAGCAUAAAGAACAAGAAGAAGAAAAGUUCAUCAAGUCUGGAAGUCAUCUUCUACUUGAUCAGUGUGAAAAGUACCGGCGAUGUCUUCAGUGUAAAAGACGUACGACAAAUUGUGGAGAAACCAAUAUAUGGCGCGAGUCAAGAUACAUCCCUGGUUCUCGUUUAAUGGUUUGAAAAGAUGGGGAAGUUUGUCUCACUCGGAGUGUGCUACUUGUGGAUAUAUUUAAAAACUACACAGGCAUAGAAUCAAAUUCUGUAUGCGGUUUCACUAAACAAAAGUUAUGAAAGCAAAUGGGAGCAUCCCAAAAAAGCAAAUAAAAUGGUACUAACCUUGCAAUUAAA